AUGGCUGAAAUAUGUAAAGAAUACGAGUUAGCAAUAGAGCUACUUGAAAUAAGCCAGAGUGCCCUUGAGACAAUACCAGAGGCCCGUAACUAUGUGGGUCGCUCAUUAUUCCAGCUGUCUCUCAUGUACCGGGCAGCCAGCAAAGCGGAAGAAGCCGAGAUCAGGCUUCAAAAGGCACAGAGCAUACUCGGAGACAUCGGGGUAAAGUAG